UCCUGUAAAACUAGGAAAGCUGUACACAGACACACUCAAUGCCAAGGACACGGCGAGCUAGGGGGCUUCGGCUUCAAAUAUAAAAAGGAGGUACACGAGGGAAUGCAGUGUAUUUUUUGUGAAUAUUUUGUUAAAAGGAGUGAAUUGCUUUUGGCGUGUGCAACACGGACUGAAAAACGGGCAUAAAACAGGCCGGAUUAGAUAGUUCUGACCCUCAUCUGUUGUAUUUUUCAGCACAACAUGGAUGCAAAUCUGCAUGUGAAUAAACCGAUGGAUGACGCUGAGUCUCUUCAUGGCAGGAGGAGUGAACACAGUCUCCUCAACGUGUUGACUGAAACUAUUCGGGGGCUUGAAGCUGUCAGACGCCGCAGAGAUCAUCGUGAUGGAACGGUGGGUGGGAGGACACUCACAGGAGGAGAAGAUGAUGCAGAAGAUGAGGAGGAAGAUGAAGAGAGAGGUGCUGAUGAAGAGCGGGAGGAGAGAGAGUGCAAGCAGAGAGUUCUGGGAGUUCUGAGGGAGCUGAGUGUUUGUCAUUCAGACAGAGUGGCAGCAUGGAGAGGAGUUCUCAGAGAAUAUGUGUCUCCACUAGGAGGCAGUGGUCUGCAACAUCUGUCCACAGCAGAUACAGAAUGUAAAGUCACACCUUGUUCAGACUCCUUCAGUGACACGUUUCUGAGUGUUGGGGAGGACGUAGAGAACAUUGUGGACAAACUGAACACAAUCCGAACCAAGCUGGACGAAGAAAUCCUCAACUUAUGUGCAGAGGAGGCCUCGACUGUGGAUGCAGCACUCCAGGAAACCAGAGAUCAAAAAGCACCAGAGCAACCUGCAGAUGACAACAAUCACCUGAACUCCCAUGAUCCCCUUCAUUCUGACUCUGGGAAUAAACAGGAAGUUGAAGAUCGAGAUGAUCAAAGUUGUAUAAUGCCAUCGCCUGACACUGAACAAACAUCAGACUCCAAAUUCAGCAGUUCUGACUGCAACGAUGUGGAAGAGACAGGGAAAGAAUCAGCAGUCAAAAGUCAAGGGAGUGAUACUGAGGACUGUGUUUCUCCAGAAAGUCACACAGAUAUCCAGGAGACAGAAAAAGACACAAAUAGGGUAAAUGACAAGGGCAAAGAGGAGACAAACAACGAAUGGAUCAUUGUAGGGCUCACUGGUCAACAGGAGGACAGCCAUUCAGACAUACCACACACAUGCUUUAUAAGAGCACCUAUGGGUGUGGCUGAAGUCCUGAGAUGUGAGGUGGCCGACACCCUGAGCUGCCUGAUGGUAACCGGCUCGGAGGAGCUGGUCAGCAGAGUGAUCAGGGUCAAAGUUCAGGACGGAGCCUACGUCCACUUCCCCGUGACUGUGGUCGUGCCUUUCUGUGCACGUUACCGCGGCAACUAUAGGGAAGUCACCGUGAAGAUAGUUGAUGGGGAGAAGAGGGCAAGCUACGUCACUCCUGUAACCACAGAGGGCACGUAUGGAGGGCAGAGGGGCUCAUUUGCAGAGGUGAAGGUGUACUCCCUGGGCUUGUUUGCAGUGGUUUCCUGUCUAAAAAGAGAAAAUUACACAGUUCCCACAAAGGGUUUGUCACUCAAGCUACCCAUGGACCCCCGACUCUGUCUGAACUACCUCCCAGGAUCCUUCACUGCUCCAGUAAUGGCACAAACCAUGAUCCAGCCGGUAGACGCCGUUCUGCUGGCUGCCGUCAAGUCCAGAAGCGAUGCCUAUCACUCGGUGGUGUCUACAAGUCCACUACUCUACCUCACCCACCCGUCCUCUCAACCCCUGAGAAGACCACUCAAUCUCACACUUCCCUGUCCUCCGAACCCUGAAAAGAAGAGGCACACAAGGGGACAAGGGGAGGAGGAAGACCACCGAACUCGGCCUGUUAGUGCUUCUCCGCUAUGGGAUCAACCUGCCUCCCACACAAGGAGAGUCCUGGGUGCCUCUGUGAAGUGUAAGGAGAUGACCAACGAGCUGCUGGUUGUUCUGGGUUCAAGAGACAAACAGUGGAGCGUCCUGGACAAAGUCACAGUCAGGAACCAGCAAAACGGACUGGUGUCCUUUGAGCUGAUGGGGAACUUUGACAGACUGCUGGUGGUUCGUCUCCUGUCUCCGCUGCAGCCCUGCCAUCUCGCCUCCCUGGCAGAGGAGCUGGAGGAGUCGGCCUGCCGCCACGCGGUCACCGUCGUCCUCCAGCGUAGACGAGACGAGCCUCACGCCGUCCUGGUGGCCGCUCUGCCCAGCAGAGACCUCAGCUGGGAGCUGUCCAGACUGCGAGCCCGGGGCUACAGCGGCCUCCCGGAGACCUCGUCGGAGAUCUCCAUGUGUGAGGGAGACCAGCUUCUCCUUCGUUUCAGUGGCAACAUCACCUCCACAGGAACUCAAAACGACCGACACGACGUCCCGCAAGAGCGAAUCACUUUCCACACUCAGCAAAAGAAUCACCUCUUGGUGCGUCUAACUGAAGUGGACCCUUUUGGGAACUACAGCUCCCCGCACUACAAGGGCACGGCCGUGUUUUAUAAGGUCACCAGAGGUCAGCCGGAGUGGCGAGGCGACGGAGCGGUCCCGACGGACGCAAAGCUCCUGGGAGACCCCGUCUGUAAGCUGUCUCUGACUUUACCCAAGAAAGUGAGAACCAUUAAUCGGCCCAUCGUGGCUAGAGUGAAGUUAUGCACGGAGACAGAUUCCCUGUCAGACUCUCUUCUUCUCUGGCUGUCCGGGGAGCUCUCAGAGGAGGAAGUGGCCCUUCUGGUGCUCGCACUGCGUCUCCGUCGAAGCGCCGCUCAGCUGGUGAAGCUCCGGACCGGGGACAGCCUGUCCACCCAGGCCUUCCACGUCCUGGCCAUGUGGAGGAGGGGGCUGCCCGCUGCCACGCACCAACCCAAGGCCUCUCAGCUGGCUCACUGCUUAGCCAAGAGCGGCAGGCCGGACCUGGCCAGGGAGCUGCUGCUGCGACAGGCCGCGACCACCAGGCAGGGCUCACUGAGCCUAAAAAGUAGAAAUCACACAGCUUUUUAAUGGUUGCUUUUUUUAGUCAGAGCAUGUGGGCCUGCCAAAUUGCAGGGUUUUGUUUGAUCCACAAGAGGUCAGCAUUGGACUGUGAGAUUCCGUGCUCUCGUCCAGAGCAGAUUAUGUCUAUGAGGCAUGACUGAGUCAACCGAGUAAUAUUUAGAAGCUGUUAUCCAGUAAAAAAGAAGAAAAAAAACAAAAAAAAGAGAAAUAUCUGAAAAAAAACAUUCAAAUUUUGUAUAGAAAAUGUCCUUUUUCUGCUUUCCUGUCUCGUUCAUUGUCUUAUGACCCUUUACAUUUUUUCUUUUGACCCCUUGGGGGGGUCCCAAACCCCCCAGGCUGGGAAGCAGCAGUGUGGGUAAUAUUUCUAAGCAUCUCUCGUGACACAUUUGAAGCAAAAAUAGCUGCAGAUCAUGACGUAAGAGUGAGACAUUCAGACAAUCAAGGUCAAGUAUUAGUAUGCAUAUUUAGUCAUUUUGCAAUUAACAACUUACCUCAUAUUAUGUGUUAUAAUGCAAUAAAUCUCUAGAUACAAGCGGGGAGAAUUACCUGCACACAGAGCUUGAUUUAGAAUUAAAAAUAAAGGUAGUUAAGAGUUUUCUUUUAUGUAGUGAAGAUACCUAAACUGUGGCUGAUAUCUGAACACUGUCCCUGUAUGUGUUGUCACACAAAACGUAUGAGUUUUCUCAGGUUAUUUUUACAUUUAAACUCGAGCAUUAAUCUCUGGCAGUGCGUCCACAUCCUGACUUUAUUUUGUACUUUGUCUCCACAGACAGGAAGGUGAUUUACACAACCAGUCAGCCAUCUCUUCUCUGUGCGUAAACAAACGCUGACACUGAGCUGUGACCUCUUUUUAGCUCCCUGACACCGAGUCAUCUUUAAGACCUGACAGUGUCUGUUGAUGAUAACCGAUUGGAUAAGAAAGCCUGGUUCCUCAGCAUAAUAAAGUACAUUUAUGGUUUUGGUAUGAGUUGGAAUAACAGGAACGAUAUAUAUAUAUACAUGUAUAUGAUUUGUCUCCUUGAAUAUUUUUAUAGGUAUGCCUUUAAAAUAAAAAAUGUGGAUA